UCUAAUCGUUCACCUUAUCUUCUUUCGUAUAUCAUUAGCCUGUGAUGAGAUAAACUGGAUAUAUUAACGUGAUGGCCAGAGAGUACAGUGGAUUGCAAAUGCAUCAUCAGCUGGAAGCAAAGAGGAAGCGUCUCACGUGGAUUCUUGGGGUGAGUGCUCUCUGCAUAUUAUUUUAUGUGUUGGGAGCUUGGCAGACUACUCCUAGCAGUCAAUACGAUGUAUACACAAGAGUUGGUUGCGAUAAUAAUAGCGCUACACCAGACAGCAAUGGCAGUAAUCAAUCAUUAACAAACUUGGACUUUGCAAGCCAUCACCAGGUGGCUCUCGACAGUUCAAAAACAAUCAGUCAAUUCCCACCAUGUGAUAUGGCAUACAGUGAGUACACUCCUUGCCAAGAUAAAGUGAGAGGAAGAAAAUUCGAUCGCGACAUGAUGAAAUAUCGAGAACGGCAUUGUCCCACCAAGCAAGAAAUGCUCCUCUGCCUUAUACCAGCUCCGCCCAAGUAUAAGACCCCUUUCAAAUGGCCUCAGUCUCGUGAUUACGCAUGGUACGACAACAUCCCUCACAAAGAACUCAGCAUCGAGAAGGCAGUCCAGAACUGGAUUCAAGUAGAGGGUGAUCGUUUCAGAUUCCCUGGGGGAGGCACCAUGUUCCCUCGGGGAGCCGAUGCAUAUAUUGAUGACAUUGGCGAGCUCAUUCCCCUCACUGAUGGAAACAUCAGGACAGCUGUUGAUACUGGAUGUGGGGUUGCCAGUUUCGGUGCUUACCUGUUGAAGAGGAAUAUCUUGACAAUGUCUUUUGCUCCAAGAGAUACACACGAAGCACAAGUCCAGUUUGCACUGGAACGCGGAGUUCCUGCAAUGAUCGGAAUCAUAGGUUCCAUGAGGCUUCCUUACCCAGCAAGGGCUUUUGACUUGGCUCAUUGUUCUCGUUGUUUGAUCCCUUGGCAGAAUAAUGAGGGUUUGUAUCUCAUGGAACUGGACCGCAUUCUAAGACCUGGGGGUUACUGGAUUCUCUCUGGUCCUCCUAUCAACUGGAAGAAAUAUUGGAGAGGGUGGGAAAGAACAAAGGAGGACUUAAAACAAGAGCAAGAUGCUAUCGAAAACGUUGCUAGACGCCUAUGCUGGAAGAAAGUGACUGAAAACAACGAUCUAGCAAUUUGGCAAAAGCCCAUCAACCACGUCGGGUGUGUUAAAGAGGUCAUGUGCAAAUCAGAGGAUCCAGAUACAGCUUGGUACAGAAGUUUGGAAGCUUGCAUAACCCCAGUUCCACAAGUAUUGAGCUCAGAUGAAGUUGCUGGCGGUGAACUAUUAAAAUGGCCGGAGCGUGCAUUCUCUGUUCCUCCUAGACUUAGCCGUGGCUCAGUACCAGGCCUCGGUGUUGAUAGAUUUAUAGAGGAUAACGAACAGUGGAAGGAUAAGAUAGCACAUUACAAUCGAAUUAUUGCUCCCCUACGCUCAGGCCGAUAUAGGAAUAUUAUGGACAUGAAUGCUUACCUGGGGGGAUUCGCAGCAGCUGUGGCAAAGUAUCCAGUGUGGGUCAUGAAUGUGAUCCCUGCACAUAUAGACUAUGACACUUUGGGAGUUAUUUAUGAACGAGGUCUAAUUGGUACGUACCAGGAUUGGUGCGAGGCAUUCUCAACAUAUCCAAGAACCUACGACCUCAUCCAUGCUAGUGGCUUGUUUACUUUAUAUCAGCACAGGUGUGACAUCACUUACAUCUUGUUGGAGAUGGACCGGAUUCUGAGGCCGGAAGGGUCAGUUAUAUUUAGGGACACAGUGGAGCUGUUAGUGAAGAUAAAGAGUAUAACUGAUGGAAUGAGAUGGAAGAGUCAUAUCGUGGACCAUGAAAGUGGACCCUUCAAUCCUGAGAAAAUUCUUGUUGCUGUCAAAACUUACUGGACUGGUGAAGCAACAAAAAGGAAACCCAAGUAGAGAUUUAUAUAUAGUGUAUCCCUCUUCCCCUCUCUUUGCACUUUCUGUCUCAUUUUUCAUCUCGGGAAAAUAUUGUCUGAUAAACUGAGAUUUCACAUAACUGUUCCUUUUCUAAGAGUAAAAGUGUAGGUUUAAUUAUAAAAUUUUGUGUAUUUUAUGGAUGCAAUGUAAAUGUAAGCUGUUUUCUUCAAACUUCUCUCUAACUGUCAUUGCUUUAAUAACGAUAA